AUCUUACUUAUCCCCAAACCCUAGCUCGUGCGGCCGAAGACAGAGAGCAGAGCAAUGACGACCCGAUUCAAGAAGAACAGGAAGAAGCGUGGCCACGUGAGCGCCGGUCACGGUCGUAUCGGAAAGCACCGGAAGCACCCCGGUGGUCGGGGAAAUGCCGGUGGCAUGCACCACCAUCGGAUCCUGUUCGACAAGUACCAUCCUGGUUACUUCGGGAAGGUGGGAAUGCGAUACUUCCACAAGCUCCGCAACAAGUUCCAUUGCCCCAUCGUCAACAUCGACAAGCUCUGGUCUCUCCUGCCCCAGGAGGCAAAGGACAAAGCUCUAAAAUCCAAGGACACUGCCCCUGUCAUUGACGUCACACAGCAUGGAUACUUUAAGGUCCUUGGGAAAGGCGUCCUACCCGAAAACCAGCCCUUCGUUGUGAAAGCCAAGCUUAUUUCGAAGAUCGCCGAGAAGAAGAUUAAGGAAGCUGGGGGCGCUGUUGUUCUCACCGCUUAGGUUUAAUCGGUUUUUAUUUUUUUUUAUAUACAUUGCAAGUUAAUGUGUUUUCGUUUUGUUUCGGAUAUUUUUUUACAUUAUAUAUUGCAAGUGAUAUAUUUUGUUUUUAA